AUGACUUCAUAUCAACCAGCUCAAGGCCCUCGUCCUGAAGGCGUCCGAUAUAGAGGCUUUCACCAUUUGACAUUUUGGGUCGGUAACGCAAAACAAGCAGCGUCAUACUACAUUACUCGAUUUGGCUUCGAAUAUGUGGGAUAUCGAGGUCUCGAAACAGGACACCGUGACGUUUGCUCUCAUGUCGUGAAACAAGGAACCAUAUGCUUCAUCUUCCAAUCUCCACUGAAUCCGGGAAACCAAACCUUUUCAGCCUUUGCAGGCAUGCACGGCGACGCGGUAAAGGACGUAGGAUUCGUGGUCGACGACGCCAAAAGUGUAUACCAGAAAGCUGUUGCUCGUGGAGCCAAAUCUAUUCGAGAACCUUGGGAAGAAAAGGACGACGAUGGAACUGUGGUCUUUGCUUCUAUAGCAACUUAUGGAGAUUGUGAACAUACCUUUGUCGAAACCAAGAACUACAAAGGGACCUUCUUGCCCAACUACCGCCUUACCACUCAACCUGAUCCUAUAUCUCUGCUUCUACCCCCUGUUGGUCUUGUACAAUUGGAUCAUAUUGUUGGGAACCAGCCGGAUAAUGAAAUGAUUUUGGCAUGUGAUUUCUAUGAACGAGCUCUUGAUUUCCAUCGCUUUUGGUCUGUUGAUGACUCGCAAAUGCACACUGAAUUUUCUGCCUUGAGGUCGAUUGUCAUGACAGACUAUGACGAGACUGUAAAAAUGCCAAUCAAUGAACCUGCAGCUGGAAAGAAAAAGUCUCAGAUCCAAGAAUAUGUUGACUAUCAUGGUGGAGCAGGAGUACAGCAUUUGGCUCUCAGGACUGAAGACAUUAUAUCUGCAGUAACAGCAUUACGUGCUCGUGGUGCUGAUUUCUUGACCAUCCCACCAGCCUAUUAUGAGAACUUGACUGAAAGGCUCAAGCACUCUGCCGUAAAGGUCAAAGAAGAUAUGAACAUCUUGAAAAAGUUACACAUUCUUGUCGACUACGAUGAGAACGGCUACCUUUUGCAGAUCUUUACCAAGCCUGUAGAAGAUAGGCCUACACUCUUCUUGGAAAUCAUACAACGAAACAACUUUACUGGCUUUGGAGCUGGUAAUUUCAAAGCCCUCUUUGAAGCGCUUGAGAUGGAACAGGAUAGGCGUGGAAAUCUAUAG